AUGGCAUAUAAUAUUGAGAUGCAUCAUUUGACUCCAAAUGGGAUAGCAAAGAUUGCUCUCUUUGUUUGGGCAUUGAAAUCUCAAAGAGCAAACUUGGAUAUUGGAGCGUUUUGUAAUCUUCAUGAGAUGCAUACUCAGUUGAGAAACAAGAUGGUGGAUGUUCCACUUGUUGAAGAAAGAGAUGAUUUAGGGAAAGUUGUAAAGCGAUAUCCUUUAGCUGCAAAGAUGAAUGAAGAUUUUGUCUCCGCUGUUGAAGUUAAGGCCAUUGAAAUUCUUAGCAAGUUCUUGAAGAAAGAGAAAGAUUUGAUGGACAUAAUUCUAGGAAAGGAUUACAAGCGUCUUAAUAGGAUUUUUGACAUUGCGCAGAUCAAAUAUGAUGAAAGGCUAGCACCAGCUUAUACUCGUACUAAGAAACCAAGUAUAGAAAAUGUUACAAAGAAAAAGAGGGGUGGUGGUCAGCUUGCUAAAAAAACUUCGAAGAAACGGAAGACUACUGCUCCUUCUAGUUCUGAAAAGUUUGGGGGAAGUGAUAAACAUAUGGGUCAGGAGACUCUUAGUCAACUGGCUUGUGAUGAAGAGGUGAGGAUGAUUAGUUUAGUUUUUAAUUCUACCAUUACAAAGAUCCUGUAG